GAGCUCUGAGACAAUCAUGACUGACAGUCAGAGUGUGUCAGAUAUGGAGGAUGAGCAGUGCUGGGCCCAGCUGGAGGAAUACAGACUGCUGCUGAUAAAGACCAUUGAGCCGUCGCAAAUCACUCCUUACCUGCGUCAGUGCAAGGUGCUAAGCAGUGAGGAUGAGGAGCAGAUAUUCAAUGACUCCAGUCUGGUCAUCCGCCGACGCAAAGUAGGUAAGGCAAUAUCCUCUAUUUCAGGUCAUUGAGCAAACAAAGGGUCAAGUGUUCCACUUUCUACUUUGAACUACAAUAAUUUGGUUGCAUUCCAGGUCUUUAUUGAAGGCGCACAGUGCUUCUCAGAAGAUUGCUAUAUGUCAAUUCAGGCGUUAAGAGAUGUGAUCAUCUGCAAAAUAAAUAUGACCUGGAAUGUGCCCACAAUCUCCUGAAAUGCAUGUCCGUACCUUAUUUUUUAAACCUCAGAUCCAUGUUCACAGGUGUACUAUUGGAUAUUCUUCAAAGAACUGGACUCAAAGGCUAUGUGGCAUUCCUCGAGAGCUUGGAGCUGGACUAUCCUCAAUUGUAUCGCAAAAUUACUGGCAAAGAACCUGCCCGGGUCUUUUCUAUACUAGUUGGUGAGUGGCAAUACACCAUCACGUGUUUCCAUAGACAAGUUGUGUAUCUAUCAUUAAAGCUUGUAGGUAUUUGUGUAAGAUAUACUGUAAGUUGAAUUUCUUGGCAUGAUCUUUCGAAGUGCUGGUGUCUGUGACAAUGGAUUUGAUCCAAAAAACAAAACAUCCUGUCUUCUCUCUGACAUCAUAGACACGGUGGGUGAGUCAGGACUGACUCAGUUCUUGAUGAGCGAGGUCACACGUCUACAGAAGGGCCUGCAGGAGGAACGCCGGCGCAGACAGGAGGCCACUUCGGCUGUAGCCGCGCAGGAGGACACCUUACGGCAGCAGCAGGUUAGGGAGAGGGAGCUGCGGAAGCAGCAGGAGCGCGUGCAGUGUAUGAGGGAGGAGAGGGACAGGCAGUUGGAGGUCGUACGCCACCUGAAGGACGACAACUACAGCCUGAUGUACAACGUGACCAAGCUCAACGAAGAGAAGAAUAGUGCUCUCAUGUCCAACCGGGAUCUGCAGCUGGAGGUGAGAGAGAGGAGGAGGAGGAGGAGGAGGGGAGGGGAGGGGGGUUGCAGCUCUGGCAAACCCAAACACAUCAACUUAUGAGAAAAGCAAUCACUAUUGGUUUACAUCUUCAGUAUAGAAAAAUCUCUGUAGUCAGACAUGUGGAGACAUUCGUUAUAGAACAGCACAAAGUCAAUCGGCAACAACUAAAAAAGUUUUGAUGGGAUUUUCAUUAAUCACUAGAUAGAGAAGCUGAAGCACAGUCUGAUGAAGGCAGAGAGUGACUCGAAAAUCCAACGCAAGCAAACUGUGAACCUGAAGAAUGCCAUUGAGGAGAGACCCAGUCAAGACAUGAUCUGGCAGCUCCAGAGAGACAACGAUCUGCUAACAGCGCGCAUCCAGGAGCUGGAGAGCUCAGCUCAGGUAUGGGGGGAAACCCAAACACAUCAACUUAUGACAAAACCACUAACUAUUGGUUUACAUUUUAAGUAUAGAAAGACCUCUGUAGCCAGACAUGUUGAGACAUUCGUUAUAGAACAGCACAAAGUCAGUCAGCAACAAUGAAACAUUUUGGAAUAACAUUUAAGAGUGGCAUUUUGGUUCAGUGAUAAUUUCUCAGUAAAUGUUUAGGAAUGCAGUGAAAUAAAAAGGACCCUGCACUGCACUGGACACAUUUUGGAAUAACAGCUAGGAGUGGCAUUUUGUGCACCACAAGAUAAAUGUUUUCACAAAUAGUGAUUGUUCAGAUGCACAAUUGUACAAUUUUUACAUUACUGAGCCAAGUCGAGCCAAGUCGUGCUGGCUUGGUUAGGCAUCCACUGUUAUGGCUAUGGUUCAACCCAACACUCAGAGAAACCAACACGACAAAGGGAGUGGAAGAAACAAAAAUAUUUUAAUAAAAGUUCAAAUUGUCUUAGUCCAAAAACAACUGAAGUAAAGGAACAGAGUGGGCUAGUCGGCUCCGGAGGAAGGAGAGGCUGAGGCAGGCAGGCAGGCAGGCAGGCAGGCAGGCAGGCAGACCGACAGGCAGGAAGGCAGGCAGGUUGGGAGGUAUGUCCGAACUGAAGACAAAACAAACGACAGGUUAAGGAGAGUGGAGAGCCAGGCUGAAGACAAAGACAAAAUAACUUUACUGGUGAGCCAAGUUACCGCUCUGGUAAGAACAACGAUCUGGCGCCGGUGGAGAGCCAUGCCCAGGAAUAAGUAGUGCAGGUUGAUGAGAGAAUAGGAUGCAGCUGCGUAGGCAGGAAUCACUGGAAACAACCCGCAGCUGCACAGGAGAGGCAGAUCCUGCACGCCCUGCUCCACUCCAGACACACCAAUAAAGGGACAACACACAUACAACAGAAAAAGAGGGGACAAAACAAGGAGGAAGGGAAACAGAAAAGGGAGAGACAAGCUGCCCACAUAACAUCCACUAUAGUUUGCUGGAACUGUGCUGAAAAGGACAACGUGAAAAUAAAAUAUGAGCCAGCACAGUACGGUUCAUGUCGGUACAGUAGUGUGAAAAAAGUACUGGAUUAAGUGAGUAGUGUGACAGGAUUCAUCUGUAUGUUCCAGCAGGGGACAGCUCCAGCCCCCUUGGAUCAAGAGAAGCUGAGUGCUGAGAGUCUAGACAACAACAAGCAGCACUCUCAGGCUCAGCACCAGGAGCUGGUCAACAACAUCUACACCCUACGCAGAGAUCUGCACGAUGCUGAGGCACUACGUAAUCGGGUACACAUCACGACCUGAUGCACUGAGCACUGCUUAGGAAUAGUUGUAGGAGAAGACUACUGAUUAUACUGAAUUUCUUAAAUAUAAGCUAUUCAUCUGCUCUUUCAACACAAGUGCAAGAGGAACAAAAAAUUCCAAACACAAAUCAUAUUAUUUCCUCAAAAAUGCUGAUCCUGAGCAUCAGGAUGAAUAUAUUUCCUUAUUUUUGUCAUCUGCCCAAGCGUGUUCCUCAUUCAUUGGAAUAGCUGACUGUGUGAAGUUAAAUUGUUCAAGUUGUGUUUUCCGAUGUGACAAGUUAUGUUGUUCCAAUUGUAAUAUAUAGGUUUGAUUUGUUCUUGCAGUACUUGGAGGCAAAGGAGGUUCUUGACUUGAAGUGCACAACAUUGAAGAAAGAUGCAAAAAUGUAUCGUGACCGAAUGAAGGAUAUCCUGAAACAGAUGGAUGAGGUUAUCAGGGAGCGAAACAAGGUGAACAUGGUGUGAUUUUAGGACUGUAUGAUUAUAGGACCUCACUGUCUUGGGAAAUCCUAACUUCCCCUUCACUUAGUCUCCAAAUGACAUCAAUGCAUGGCUAAGUGAAAAUUCAACUUUAGUGAAGGUUAGGAUUCACCCCAUACUGCUUAUUUCUUUCAUCCAAAAGAGUUGACUUCUAUUUGAUCAAAAUUAAAGAGUUGACUAUCUGUGUGGUUGUGAUCAGAAGCUCAUCUGCACCGUUGCCAUUUGUUUCAUAUAAACCACUACAGCAAAGCAAACCAAGGCAUGUGUUUUGUGGUAGGCCAUCGCCUCUCGAGAGGAGUACCACCAGGAGAAUUCACGGAGCCUCCAGGAGAAGGACCAGUACCGGAAACAGAUUCGGGAGCUGGGUGAGCGCUGUGAUGAGCUGCAGGUCCAGUUGUUCCGGACUGAGGCAGAGGUUAUGGCUCUACAGACCAGGCUUCACAGAAACACCUGCUCCCCACAUGACGUGAGAAUGGAUUCCACCAACCACUUCCAUUUAGAUCUGUCUUUUAACUCAAACAUAAAAUAUGUCAUCAGAAUCACUGAACUGGCAUUGCAAGCUUUUCAGAUUCUAUUUUCAUUCACUUUUGUUUCUGUCUAUUUUGUUUAUAUAGGAUAGCGUAGGAUAGCCUAUUGAUUUUGGAAACAUAUUUAUAUUGAUUUACAAUUUCCCUCUCAGACGUCAGACUUUGAGAAUGGUUCCUUGCUGAUAUUGUAAAUGUAGUUUACUUCCUGAUUUACAACAAAUGAUGUCCAUGCAGUAUUAUUACAUUUGCAAUGUUCAGGGAUCUGAAUAAUUCUACUUCUACUUUUGACCUCUCUGUGUUUCCUCUUUUACAAAUGACCUGCAAUGAUCCAUCCACUUUGGCAGCUCAUGUUUUCCUGUCUCUGCAACCCACUUUAGAUCGAGUGUUCUCUUUUUGUGUGUUCUCUGCCACAGAAAAGCCAGACCAGUGAGGAAGACUGCAGAGAUACAUUAACCGAAGGCAAGAAAUCUAUGAGAAGUGACAAAUAAUCAUCACACAUUUUUUUAUACAACAAUGAUCAGAAAAGUUAUACUUUUUGUGUUCAUGGUAAUCAUACGCUUAGCUUGAGAUAUGAUUUGACCAUGAUUUUUGAACUCCCAGCAUUCUAUGUUGUUAGCUACAUAAAAAAAUCUUUAUCACAGCUAAUAGUGUGGAGCUGCAAUGUCAGACAUCGGGGGAGUAUGAUGUGUGCAUUGGUUUGCAAGUCCACCCGUUGUGUGCAGAAGGGUCCAGGGAGGAUAAUAUCUCAGCAGUAAGUACCUUCAAUUGUUUAUCUCUUGACUAGUUCACAUCUGUCUGGCCUGGCGUUGUGAGCUUUUCUUAUUAUAUAAUAAGCCACUUGUUAGUAGUCACUUCACGUCAACUGAACCUCAAUUCUCUCCAUCUGCAUGGAACACACUUCACAUUUUAGCGCCUAGAAGAAAGAAAAAAAAUCAGUUUAAACAGGAAGAUAAUAUGAAGUUUAUGGUUACUGUGUAUUGUAUAUGUAUUUUGCUUUGCUCCACGUGACAGGAAAAAGCUUUAUCGGAGGAUGAGCUCUCAGACUGCAGCAAGCCCAGAAGAAGGUGUAACUUCUACUACAGA